UAAGCUGCUUGUAUCUUUUUCAGAAUUUUGUAAACAUGGCUGGAGCAACGGCUAAAUUUCACCAAAAUUUUGCCCAGAACAAGAUGGACAAGUUUUAUGGUGAUCAAGAAAGUUUUACCGAAUUAAUUUUUGGGUUCAUUGAGGAAUUUUCUGAGGAUUCAUCUGAGAGUUCCUGCAGCUCUACCUUUGAGUUUGACGAUAGAGCUAUAAUUGACGAAGGUGUUGAUGAGGAUGAGAAUUUUUCCAUCGUCGAGGAGUCCAAAGCUUUCUGGGAAUCCCAGGAAGAUCUUCUCCAGACAGCUCUGUGUAGGACUACUUCUAUUGAAAAGAAAAUCAGGCAGGCAACAAAGGAAGCUGUGAGGGAUAUAAGUUCAGUUGGUUUGGAUUGUGCUUGUGAGAAAAUGGUUGGCAAUAGUUGUGAGAUUUGUUUGAAGAAGGAAAUCUGCAAUCGCCUUCGAAAUGCUGGAUAUAAUUGUGUUGUUUGCAAGUCCAAGUGGAGAAAGUCGCCAGAAAUUCCAUCAGGGGAGCACACCUAUUUGGAAGUGGUGCAAAACUCAAAAGGUGCUAAAGGAGAAGUGAAGAUAAUUGUUGAGCUGAAUUUUAGAGCUCAAUUUGAGAUGGCUAGAGCAAGCGAAGAAUACAACCGGUUAAUCAACCAAUUACCCGAAAUUUUUGUUGGGAAAUUUCUAAGACUACAAAAUCUAGUAAAGAUCUUAUGUGCUGCAUCCAAGAAAUGCAUGAGGGAGAGAAAAAUGCACAUUGCUCCAUGGAGGAAGUAUAAGUAUAUGCUAGCUAAAUGGCACGGCUCACCGGAUCAACAAAAAGUGGCUCCAAUUUUGUCGCCCGUUAGUUACUUGGGUCGGGCAACGAGGCCAAGAACCUCGAUGCUUACUUUUGAUUUGGUUGGUAGUUUACAGGGAAUACAAUGUACCACAAUGAUCAAAGUAGUAUGAUAAAAGAGAGUUGCUUUUUU